GAAUGGCUGGAGUCUUUGGCUGUGCACGGAAUCGCAAUGCUCAAGAACUCACCAUUGGAUAUUGGCGUUGUAAAGUCAUUGGCCAAUCGAAUCGGUUUCAUACGCAAGACAACUUAUGGUGAGGAAUUUAGCGUGCGCUCACGUCCGGGAGCCAAGAAUUACUCCUACCUCUCUGAGCCCCUACCACUGCACACCGAUCUACCCUACUAUGAGUACAAGCCAAGUGUGACGCUGUUGCAUACGCUCGAGCAAUCACGCUCCAAAGGCGGCUGGAAUCAGCUAGUGGACGCCUUCAAUAUCGCCGAUCAGUUGCGCGUCAAUCACCCGCAACAUUUCGAAACGCUCGCAAAGACACUUAUCAAUUGGUGUGACAUCGGCAUGGAUGCUGAUAAGUCUUUCCAUAAUAUGUGGCGCGCGCCAGUUAUUAACUUGGAUGCAGAUGGCAAAUAUGCGCGCAUCAAUCACAGCGUACCUCAACGUGACAGUCACUUCAGCAUCGAUGUCGAUAAGGUGAUGCCCUGGUAUGAGGCCAACGCCACAUUCGUACGCAUGGCUCACGAGCAAUCGGUCACCUUUAAAACGGAACCGGGCGACGUGUUGUCCUUCAACAAUCUACGCAUGCUGCACGGUCGCACCGGCUACGAUGACACCGAACGAAAUGUGCGUCACAUUGUAGGCGGCUUCGUUGACUGGGAUAUCGUUUACUCGAAGAUGCGUGUGCUGAAGCGUGCGGCAAUGUCGUGCGAGACGGCGGUGGACAUGGUGAUGCAUGCGUGAAACAAUAGACGAGUGGGCGGGUAUGUUGCAAAUUGACUUUGCUUAUUUGAGUAUUAAGUUUCUGCGGAUUUAAGUGUAAUGGUGGAGGCGCAAAUAAAAUUAAAGAAAUUUAAAAAUA